CCGUGAGCUCUUAUCUGAACCCUCCAAAAACUCUCAUCACAAUCUACAAUGUUUACAUAUGAGUAAAAAAAGUAAAAAAGUGAAAGUGGUUUGCACAGAGAGGAAUACCAUGGCGGUGGAAAAUUGUGGCAACCCUUAAUUCACAUGACGGAUUAACAGAACUGUGAUCCAGAGCACCACGGUGUGACACUUUGAAGGAUAUUUAAUCACCACUUCCAACAACGAUGCCGUUCUUCACAGUUUUCUUCAUUUCUCUCUUAAACAUGCUGUUUUUGACGAAAACAUACCUCUGUAUGGAAACUGACUUUUGUGAACCUGUGCGACUUGACCGUGAGAAUUUCCCAAGUCACCUCACCAAAUUCGCGGAGAAACUCGGCAAAGGACUUGUUGUUUACAAAAUAAACGCAUUUAAUCAGGAAUUUUAUCUCAGUCUUCUGCCUGACUCCAGUUUUCUUGCUCACGGGGGUACGUACCAUGACACAUCUUCAAAUGCUUUUCAAGGACCUGACUUCAAAGGAUGCUUUUACUCCGGUGACAUCAACUCAGACAAGAAUUCAUACGCAGCUUUAAGUCUCUGUCGAGGAGUCCGAGGAGCGUUUUCUUUUCGCGAGAUGGAGUACUUCAUCGAGCGGACGUCGAUCAAUACACUAGCGGGACUGAACUCAGGUGAUGCUGGAAAGACGCACAUCAUCCGCAGACGAAAUGUCACUGCAAACGCAACAUCUCGGUGCGGAGUCACAUCUAGUUCAAACCAGGGCGUCGUGGAGUCUUUAGAAAAGUACACACAUUUAAAGGGACAUACAAUGAACAUAACAGAAACUUUGAGUCGAUCAAAACGAUUUGCGUCUAUACCAAGAUAUGUCGAGGUCCUCGUUGUUGCCGAUGAAUCUAUGGCAAAGUUCCACGGGGACGACCUCAAGCAUUAUCUUUUGACCCUUAUGUCUGUCACUGCAAAGCUGUACAAACACCCCAGUAUCUUGAACUCUAUCAGCAUAGUGGUUGUAAAGCUUAUGGUGAUUAAUGAGGCUGAGAAAGGACCCAAGGUAUCCAGUAACGCGGCGCUAACGUUGCGCAAUUUCUGCACCUGGCAGAAGAAGCUAAACAAGGUCAACGACAAGCACCCAGAAUACUGGGACACGGCGAUUUUAUUUACAAAACAGGAUCUGUGUGGGGCCACUACAUGUGACACUCUGGGUAUGGCUGAUGUUGGCACCAUGUGCGACCCUAAGAGGAGCUGCUCAGUUAUUGAGGAUGAUGGACUCCCAUCAGCCUUCACAACCGCACAUGAAUUAGGACACGUCUUCAGUAUGCCACAUGACAAUGUAAAAGCUUGUGAAGAGGUGUUUGGAAAGUUGAAGGACAACCAUAUGAUGUCCCCCACACUGAUCCAGAUUGACCACAUCAGUCCCUGGUCUGUGUGCAGCGCUGCCAUCAUCACAGACUUCCUGGAUUCUGGCCAUGGUGACUGUCUGUUGGAUCAGCCUCAGAAGCUGUUGGCCCUUCCUGAGGAGCCUCCAGGUGUCACCUACUCGCUCACCCGUCAAUGCGAGCUGGCCUUUGGCUCAGGUUCUAAGCCUUGCCCUUACAUGCAGCCCUGCUCCAAACUUUGGUGCACCGGGAAAGCCAAAGGACAGUUGGUAUGCCAGACCCGUCACUUUCCGUGGGCCGACGGCACUAACUGUGGAAGCAACAAGCUGUGCUAUCGUGGGACUUGUACUGAUAAACAAAGUAUUACAACGAUGAAGGUAGAUGGCCGGUGGGGUCGGUGGGGUCACUAUGGUCUGUGUUCCUGUACAUGUGGUGGAGGGGUACAGCUGUCCAAGAGGGAUUGUAACAACCCUGUCCCUGCAAAUGGUGGCAAGUACUGCCAAGGACUAAGAGUGAAGCAUCGAUCUUGCAAUUUGAACCCAUGUAAAGAAACAGGAAAGAGCUUUCGAGAAGAGCAGUGUGAAGCAUUUAAUGGCUUCAAUCUUAACACUAACAGACUCAGUCCCUCUGUGGUCUGGGUCCCUAAAUACUCCGGAGUCUCUGUUAAGGACAGAUGCAAGCUUAUCUGCCGAGCAAACGGCACUGGAUAUUUCUACGUCCUUUCGCCAAAAGUGGUGGACGGGACGCCUUGUUCCCCUGAUACUUCAGCCGUCUGUGUUCAAGGAAAAUGCAUCAAAGCAGGUUGUGAUAGCAAGCUAAACUCUGACGUGAAGUUUGACAAGUGUGGCAUAUGUGGCGGAGACAACCAGAACUGCAAGAAAGUGUCUGGAAUGUUCGCGAAACCCAUACAUGGAUAUAACUUUGUUGUGACUCUACCCGUCGGAGCUGCAAACGUGGACAUAAGGCAGCGUGGUUACCAAGGUUUGGUCAAUGAUGACAACUACUUAGCAGUGAAGAACGUUCACGGCAACUAUCUCCUGAAUGGAAACUUUGUGGUGUCAGCCGUAGAAAAGGACAUUAUCGUGACGGGAAGCCUGUUGCGCUACAGUGGAACCGGCACAGCGGUGGAGGUGCUUCAGGCAACCAGACCGCUAAAAGAAUCUCUCACUGUGGAAUUGUUAUCGGUGGGAAAAAUGACACCUCCUCGCGUGCGGUAUUCUUACUACGUGACCGUUGGAAAUAAGCAGGACAAGACCUUAAAGAAGGAAGAGAGGAACCCUGCGCACAACAGCGUGUUGGAGGACAAUAAAGUGGAACUGAAGAAGCCAGCCAAUCAGACGCCAUCUUAUAAGUGGGUAGCCGCCGAUUGGAAUAAAUGCUCCGUUACAUGCGGAAAUGGAGUCCAGAGCAGACGAAUACAGUGUUUGGAUUCAGACGGGAAAACAGCCACACGUUGCAACAACAACCAGAAGCCCAGCACCAUGAGGGUGUGCGGUGACCCCUGCCCAAUGUGGAGCAUCGGCGAAUGGUCACCGUGCUCUAAAACUUGCGGGAAAGGCUUUAAAAGACGUCUUCUGCGCUGCGUCACCCAGACAGGGAUGCAUUUACCUAGAGACCAGUGCUCAAACAGAAAAAAGCCACAAGAGUUAGACUUCUGCACCAUUCAGUCAUGCUAGUGACCAGUUUUAUGGAGCCAAAAAAAUGUCAAUAAGUGUCUGUGUGUUACAUAGUUUCCUCUUGUGCCUCACCUUUCCAAAGGGAACAAUGUCAAAUGUCUAAAAAGUGCAAACUGUUUUACCAUUUUAUGUUGUAAGGUGCAGUUAAAUAUCGCCUACCUCGACAAUGUUUUUUAGGGCAGCCGUAUAACGCAGACCGCAUGAAGUUUGUUGAACUCUUAUACAAGUACAUGACUAAUGAUUGUCAUGGCACAACCAGAAUACAACAGCAUCUCUGAAUGUGGUUCGUAGAUGAAGUGAGCAUGUCAAAAUUGCUGCAAAUGUGUGGGUUUGUACAUGUGAAUGAUUUGAUCUAAAUGUGAAGCAUAUCGUAUGCAUAUUUUAAGGCAACUGGGUCCAUGCACUAUCGAUGAUUUGUUUUCAUACAGUAUACUGAGCUGAACCGUACAACAAGCAUAAUCUUGCGUGGUUACAAUAAACCUAAACAGUACUUUAGCUUGUGAUGAAGAGAACAGAAUAUGCGGUAAACACAAGUAUACGUGAAUCAAAUGAAUAUUAAUAUUUAAAACUGAAAUAUUUAACUUGAUGACACCAUAAUGGUACUGUACACAAAGGGUAAAACAGUUCAUGUACAAAUUUAUCACAUCAGCUAUCUAUAUACAUAUACCAUAUAGGUCUAUGGUUGUUUUUGUAAAAUGUUUAUCUUUUUCUUUGAUGUCGAUACAGCCAGGUACUGCAAAUUACUUUAUGUUUUACUAAAACUAGACAUGUCUUUUACACUUGGAGUAAUGUGUUGAUUUGUACAUUUAAUUUGAUUUUGAUAGUUCAGUCUAUCAAGUGAGAUGGAUGUUGUCUUAUAGGUCAAUUCUCAUAAUGCAGCUCAUACUGCCACAAUCUCUUCAUUUUGUUGUAGGUAUAUUAGAUCUAUUCCCUGCUGAAAGUAUGAAGAUUAACAUUGCAAAAAAGUAAACUAGUUGUAUUGUUCUCGUUGCUGAACCUUUUUGAGAACCGUUUCAUCCAUCAGUGCUAGAUGUUAAUACAGCAAAAGGCACUUAUGUUUUUGUAUUGGAAUCCAUUGUAUACUAUGUAUACAUUCAUUGUGCACAAAUAAAUACAGAAAUU